CACCGUGAAGCGAAGAAGUUUUACAACCAUCAGCUCCUCCUGCUCUUAGCCGGUGUUUUUCAGUCAGGAAGAUGAUGUCUAUACCGCAAAGUAACACCCGGCAGGGGGUCGGACCCAGUCUGGUGAAUAUUGAGGUUAUGCAGAACUCUAAGCUCUUCAGAGCAGAGUGUGAAAGGCUGAUCCAGGAAACUGACAAAGCGUGCAAACGCAUGCAAGAUAAUGACAACAAGCGACUGGAUCAGAGAGUCAAAGACAUCCAGUUCCUGAGGAAGGAGUUGGAGUUGAAGUUGGAGGAGAUUAUUCUGGAGAUUGACGGCCUCAUAGUGUUACAGAGCAGAGUGCAGAAAGCCCUGGAGGCUUGUAAAGACCCUCUUGAAGCCGUCAUUCUCUGUCUGGAGGAGAGAAUGAAACGUGCUCCUGCAGAAAGGCUUCAUGACCGAGUGGACAAAGAACUGCUGAAGGAGAGGGAGGCCACGGAGGAUGUGGCUGUCCUCCUGAAGCGUAUAGCCGAGCAGGUGACAGAGCAGAUACGACUGAACCGAUCAGCCAAGUACCACCUUGAGCAGGAUCUGAAGGAGAAAUUUGAGGCUCAGUGCAUCGACAACUCCUGUGACUUGAUGACCACCCAUUCCAUAAGCAACCUGAACAGGUCCACGAACACCAAGCCUUUUCUGCCAAGCAUGGCCGUGACUCCAGAGCAGUGGGUGAAAAUCUCAAACAUCAACAUAAACAAAGCAGAGCAGCAGAAGAACAACACCAUGUCUCUGCAGGUGCAGGUGGAGUCUUUGCUGAGGCAGACAGCCGCUGACAUGCAGAGGCAGUUCCAGGCCACAACAACGGCCUUUCAGCUAAACGUACAGGAGAUCAAGAAUUCCAAGUGCCAGAUGGAGGACCAGCUAGCAAAGAUUCUUGUAGAGCUGUCAAACCAGCAGAAGAUCAAAGAAGAUCUCCUCGUGGCCAUCAGAGAAAAUGAACAUUGUCUGAAUUUGGCUCAGACCCGACUGUCACUGCGUCACCAGAGACCUUCCAAAGAGCAGUGUUAUGAUCCUGCCCAGUCCCAGCUCCACGCUGAGGUCCAGCAGAUCACCGCUCACAUCAACACACUGCGUGAGGCUGUGGCCCAGUCAGAGAAGACGCAGAGGGCUCUGGUUCACUGCCAGCUGGAGCUGCAGGAAAACACUGAGAUGAAGACGACCUCUCUCUACAUCGAUGAAGUCAUCUGUUCACAGCACAGAGAGCCCAUUGUCAUCCAGAACUUCUGA